AGUGUCUUCCUUACGAAUCCAAAACACAAGAAAGAAAGAUGGGUGAGCAGGUACUGGAAGGGACUAGUUAAAAACAAAAAGAAAACUUUAAAACCUAUAAAAAAAAAAACCCCAGUGAUCAUGGCGAUGAUAGGGAACCUGACGGCUCACCAGCGUUGGAUUCUGAUGGCGGUGAAAGGAGGAGCGUCAAGUCUGUCAUUCUUAGGGUCGAGCUUCAUCGUUCUCUGUUAUCUCCUCUUCAAAGAACUCCGCAAGUUCUCCUUCAAGCUCGUCUUUUACCUCGCCCUCUCCGAUAUGCUUUGCAGUUUCUUCAGCAUUGUUGGGGAUCCAUCAAAAGGAUUCUUCUGUUAUGCACAAGGAUACAGUACACAUUUCUUUUGUGUAGCAUCUUUUCUUUGGACUACGACAAUUGCCUUUACACUUCAUCGCACUGUUGUUAAACACAAGACAGAUGUUGAAGAUCUUGAGGCCAUGUUUCACUUAUAUGUUUGGGGAACUUCAUUGUUUCUGACUGUAAUACGCUCCAUUGGUAAUGACCACAGGCAUUUAGGUGCAUGGUGUUUGACACCAACAGGGAGAACAAGAAAGGCAGUUCAAUUCAUUACAUUUUAUGCGCCACUAUGGGGUGCAAUUCUUUACAAUGGAUUUACGUAUUAUCAAGUCAUACGCAUGCUAAACAAUGCAACACGAAUGGCAGUAGGAAUGUCAGACCGAGCAUAUCAAUCUGAUGCAAGGGCAGACAAGAAGGCAAUGAACCGGUGGGGAUACUAUCCACUCAUCUUAAUAGGAUCAUGGGCUUUUGGCACUAUCAACGGCAUUCAUGAUUUUAUAGAACCAGGCCACAAAAUCUUUUGGCUCUCUGUUCUUGAUGUUGGGACAGCUGCACUUAUGGGUCUUUCCAACUCAAUAGCAUAUGGCCUGAACUCUUCUGUGCGGCGGGCAAUAUAUGAAAGAUUGGAUCAGGUUUGGCCAGAGAGUCUUCGGAGAUGGUUCCCUGGCAGUUUAAAAUCUAGAGGUCAAUUUCAAGAGAGCGAACUAGUCUCAUUGAGGAUUGAAGAUCAGCAUUAACAAUUUGGCUAUUAUCCAGAAUCCAGAUUUUUGUUUGCAAAAGCUGUGCUCUCUUUCCAAAUUCUUUCGUCAUUUUUUUCUCUGAAUUUGGGUGGGAUGGAAUGAAUAACAACGAUGGAUGCAGCUUCUGGAAACUGUAACCAAGUCCAUCGGAUUCAUUUCUUCUGAGCAGAGCCAGUGAUUCAUGCGUAUCAUCUGAUAUAGCCCUGCAUUUCUUCUUGAGACUAAUGUGGGCAGUAGAUAAAUUACAUGUUGAGCUGAAGUUUUAGAUGCAUGAAGCAGAGUAUAAAAUGGCAUCUUGCUAGAAAAAGCGGAACAUCACGUCAAGUUUUUCGUUGAUUGUUGUUGAAUAGUAGGAAUAUUUGUGUAAUCGGAGACGCUUGGGUUAGGAAUUGUUUGCUGUGCCAACUUGUGAUUCUUUCUGUAUUAAUACAUUUAUCCCAUUAGACAAAAAUGAAAUUUUUUCAGGGACUUUAGUGAUCA